GUUCCGGUUCCUGGAGAGGGCCCGGGCGCUGCUGGACCUGUGCGCGGCUCCCGGCGGGUGGCUGCAGGUGGCUUCUAAGUUCAUGCCGGUUUCCAGCUUGAUCAUUGGAGUCGACUUGGUCCCCAUCAAGCCCAUUCCCAACGUGGUGACGCUGCAGGAGGACAUCACCACUGAGAAGUGCCGCCAGGCCCUACGCAAGGAGCUGCAGACCUGGAAGGUGGACGUGGUGCUGAACGACGGAGCACCCAACAUGGGAGCCAGCUGGGUGCAUGACGCCUACUCCCAAGCCAACCUGACCCUCAUGGCUCUGAAACUGGCCUGCGAAUUCCUCUGCAAGGGCGGCUGGUUCAUCACCAAGGUUUUUCGUUCCCGGGCCCCCCAGCCGCUCCUCUGGAUCUUCCAGCAGUUCUUCCACAAGGUCCAGGCCACCAAGCCCCAGGCCUCCCGCAAUGAGUCUGCUGAGAUCUUUGUGGUGGGACAGGGUUAUCAGGCUCCAGACAAAAUCGACAGCAAGUUUUUUGACCCAAAAUAUGCUUUCAAGGAGGUGGAGGUUCAGACUAAGUCUGUUAAUGAGCUGAUCAGCAAAAAGAAGCCAAAGGCAGAAGGCUACGCGGAUGGCGACAUGACCCUCUACCACCGCUUCACCCUGAUGGACUUCCUCAAGGCUCCCAACCCCGUGGACUUCCUCUCCAAGGCCAACGAGAUCACGCUGGGGGAUGGCGAGCUGGAGAAUCACAGUUCCACCACAGAGGAGCUGCGUCAGUGCUGCAAGGACAUCCGCGUGCUGGGACGCAAAGAGCUCAGAGGCCUGCUGCACUGGAGGACGAAGUUGCGGCGUUUUUUGGGGAAAAAGCUGAAGGAGCAGGCGAAGGAGCUGGAUAUCAACCUGAGCUCUGGUGAAGAGGACGAAGGCAAAGAGGAGGAGAAGAAAGAGAAGAAGACAUUGCCAAGUGCCGCAUCGGAUGAGGUGCUGAAAGAAGAGGAGGAGAUAGAGCUGGUACUGACGGAGAUGAAGGCCAAGGAGCUGGCGGAGUUGAAGAGAAAGAAGAAGAAGAUCCUGAAGGAGCAGCGGAAGCAGCGUGAGCGUGUGGAGCUGAAGAUGGACCUCCCAGGUGUCUCCAUCGCCGAUGAUGGUGACACCAGCAUGUUCUCCCUCCGGUCUAUCCACAGGACCCCGCUGCUGAAGGAGGUGACGCGGGGGGACAUGGCAUCAGCAGAUGCCCUCCUGGAGAUAGGACCUGGGGAUGAUGACAUUUGUGUCUCGGAUCACGGAGAAGAGGACGAUGUGUCCCUGGCCAGCGAUCUGGACCCGGAGGAGCUGGCUGAGAUAGAGGCCCGUCAGCGCCGGCUGGAGCGGGAAAGGCGAGAGCAGGGUGCGAAGAGGGCAAAGUUCAAGCAGAAGGAAGAGGAGGAGGAAGGGGAGGAAGAGGAGAAUCCCCUGCUGAUGCCCCUGGAGGAGAAGUCGGUGCUGGAGGAACGGCGGACCAACCUGUGGUUCGGGAAGGACGCCUUUGCCGGCAUCGAGGACGAUGCGGAUGAGGACCUGGAGCUGGGGCAGUCGCAGAUGUUGGCUGAGAAACAGCGCGAGUCUCAGAGAGACAAAACAACAGGGAAAGGGGUGAAGAAGAAGGUGCCCCAGGAGGACGCUCCAGCUGAGCCCCCGCCUGCCGCGGACACCGCGCCCGACGCUGGUGAAGCGCAGGGCGAGCAGAGCAGCGACGACGACAGCAGCAGCGACGAGGAGAGGCCACUGAUCCCGACAGGGAGGAAGCGGGGCCGUGUCGAGCCGUGUGGCUUCGAGGUGGUGCCCAUUGAGAACCCGGUGAAAAGAGCCCGUGUCCUGGAUGCAGAGGGCCUGGCGCUUGGCUCUGUCAUCGCCACCUCCAAAAAGGCCAAGCGGGACCUGAUUGACGACUCCUUCAACAGGUAUUCCUUCAACGAGGAUGAGGGAGAGCUGCCAGAGUGGUUCACAAUGGAGGAGAGGCAGAUACCUGUGGACCGGCAGACGUUCGAGGCCUAUCGGCAGCGCUGGCGUGAAAUCAACGCCCGCCCUAUCAAGAAGGUGGCAGAGGCCAAGGCCCGCAAGAAGCGGCGGAUGCUGAAGAAGAUGGAGCAGAUGAAGAAGAAAGCGGAGGCCGUGGUGAACACGGUGGAUAUCUCGGAGCGGGAGAAGGUGGCCCAGCUGCGGCGCAUCUACAAGAAGGCUGGGCUGGCCAAGGAGAAGCGGCAGGUCACCUACUUGGUGGCUAAGAAGGGUGUAGGACCCCGGGUGCGCCGUCCUCCUGGCGUCAAGGGCCAGUUCAAGGUCGUCGACAGCCGCCUGAAGAAGGACGUGAGGGCUCAGAAGCGCAAAGAACAGAAGAAGAAACGCCAUAAGUGA